AUGGAGCUGAUGUUCGCCGAGUGGGAGGAUGGGGAACGAUUUUCUUUUGAGGACUCGGACCGCUUUGAGGAGGACUCGUUGUGUUCGUUCAUUUCCGAAGCGGAGAGCUUGUGUCAGAACUGGAGGGGCUGGAGGAAACAGUCUGCGGGACCCAACUCCCCCACUGUCAAGAUAAAAGAUGGUCUGGUCAUCCCACUGGUUGAGCUGUCAGCCAAACAGGUAGCCUUCCAUAUUCCUUUCGAAGUUGUGGAAAAAGUUUACCCUCCAGUGCCUGAACAGCUCCAGCUACGCAUCGCUUACUGGAGCUUUCCUGAAAAUGAAGAGGACAUCAGGUUGUACUCCUGCCUGGCUAAUGGGAGUCCAGAUGAGUUUCAGCGUGGAGAGCAGCUUUACAGAAUCCGAGCUGUUAAAGACCCUCUGCAAAUAGGUUUCCACUUGAGUGCAACAGUUGUAUCCAGUCAGACCGGACAAUCUAAAGGAGCCUAUAAUGUUGCGGUCAUGUUUGAUCGCUGCCGUAUCACUUCUUGCAGCUGUACUUGUGGUGCUGGGGCCAAGUGGUGUGCCCAUGUUGUGGCACUAUGUCUUUUCAGGAUUCACAAUGCUUCCGCGGUGUGCCUGAGAGCCCCGGUUUCAGAGUCUUUAUCCAGACUACAGAGGGACCAGCUCCAGAAGUUUGCUCAGUACCUCAUCAGUGAGCUGCCACAGCAGAUUUUGCCUACAGCUCAACGGCUACUUGACGAGCUUCUGUCCUCCCAGUCAACAGCCAUCAACACAGUGUGUGGGGCUCCGGAUCCCACUGCUGGACCUUCUGCUUCAGAUCAAAGUACCUGGUAUCUGGAUGAAUCAACACUCAGUGAUAAUAUUAAAAAGACACUCCACAAGUUCUGUGGGCCUUCACCUGUCGUCUUUAGUGAUGUGAAUUCCAUGUACCUGUCGUCCACGGAGCCUCCGGCCGCUGCAGAGUGGGCAUGUCUUCUGCGCCCGCUCCGGGGCCGUGAGCCUGAAGGCAUCUGGAACCUCCUGUCUAUUGUAAGGGAGAUGUUCAAAAGACGAGACAGCAACGCUGCUCCUCUGCUGGAGAUCCUCACAGAGCAGUGCCUCACUUACGAACAGAUCAUCAGCUGGUGGUACAGCGUGCGCACCUCUGCGUCUCACAGCAGUGCGAGCGGCCACACAGGGCGCAGCAACGGUCAGUCUGAGGUCGCAGCUCAUGCCUGCGCCAGCAUGUGCGACGAGAUGGUAGUGCUUUGGAGACUUGCUGUACUCGACCCAACCAUGAGUCCCGCCAGGCGUAUGGAAAUGGCCGGUCAGCUGAAACUGUGGCACUUAAAAGUAAUUGAAAUUGUUAAGCGUGGUCAACAUCGGAAGUCUUUAGACAAGUUGUUCCAAGGUUUCAAACCUGCUUUGGAAUCUUGUUAUUUCAACUGGGAGGUGGCUUACCCAUUGGAGGGAAUUACCUAUUGCAACACUGACAAGAAGAGCGCCACCAUCUGCUGGUCCAGAGCACUUCAGAACCAUAGAGGAGUUAAAGCAACAGUUGUGCCAGCAAAUGGGGAUUCUCAAGAAGGCGGCAAGUGUGAGGGGGGACUGGUGCGAUCGCAACAUGAGGUUGCUGUGCGUCCAAAGGAGAGUGUCUUGAGUAAGCGGAAGGGCCUGUCCGUGAGUGGGGGAGGUGGGAUGCUGGUGCGGCUCGGUGGCAGCGUGUCACUAUCCUUGGAUGAUGCUGGAGCUAAGGGCAUGUAUAAAGGCUCAUCUGGAGGGAAGCUCAAGAUUUCCCAGGGUGGAGCUGGUGGAAAAGGGGCUGGAAGUAGUAGCGGGAUAAGCGGAGGUAAACACUCUAGCAACAAGCGCAGAACUAGCAGUGAGGACAGCUCUCUAGAGCCUGACAUGGCUGAGCUUAACCUUGAUGAUGGCUGCAGCCUGGCUUUGGGAGCGGAGGCUAGUAACACUUUUGAGUUCCUGCCUCCACCUCCUGAGAUGCUUCCAUCCCCCAGCCCCCUCUUGCGAGAGCCCCGCAAGAGUAGUACAGGAUCAAACAAGAAUUUUGACUCAAAACGCCACUGCCCCCCUGCAUCUACUUCUGAGGUCCCGACUGCGGGUGAGACUGUCCUGAUGGUGGUGUCUAACGGUACAAAGAAGGAGUCCGGACCAACCCCUGUUGAGAAGGAAGACUCGGAUCAAAGUGCGGGUGCCGUCUCUUCUACCACCGCCACAAUAGAAAAAACAGAUUCUGUUCCCAACCCCUCCAAUCCACCUGUGAAUCAGAAGGAGGCGGAGCCAGGAUCAGGCAGGGGGGCUGAAGGAGGUGAGGACCCUGCGGUGGGAGAUGAUGACUAUCAAGCUUACUAUCUGAGUGCUGCUUCUGAAGAGGGGGCAGACAGGCAGCUGGCGGAAAGUCAACAGGAUGAUGAACCAGACAUCUUUGCAGGCAUAAGGCCUCUGGAGCAGGAAAGCCGCAUGGAGGUUGUGUUUGCCUGUGCUGAGGCUCUUCAUGCCCAUGGAUACAGUAACGAGGCCUGCAGGCUGGCUGUGGAGUUGGCCAGAGACCUGGUAGCCAACCCCCCAGAUCUGAAAGUUGAGCAGCCACAGACCAAGGGUAAAAAGAGCAAGGUGUCUACAAGUCGACAAACGCAGACUGCCACCAGCACUCUGUCAAAAACGGCUUUUCUGCUCACUGUGCUCAGUGAAAGACUGGAGCUUCACAACCUGGCCUUCUGCACUGGCAUGUUCUCCCUUGAGUUGCAGAGGCCCCCAGCAUCAACCAAAGCGUUGGAGGUCAAACUCGCCUACCAAGAGUCAGAGAUUGUGGCUCUGCUAAAGAAGAUUCCUUUGGGCCUAGUGGAGAUGUCUGCUAUCCGAGAGCGUGCCGAGCAGCUCAGAGAUGGAAACUUCUGUGAUUAUCGACCGGUCCUGCCACUGAUGCUGGCCAGUUUCAUUUUCGACGUCUUGUGCACACCUGUUGUAUCACCAACAGGCUCCCGUCCACCAAGUCGUAAUCGUAACAAUGAGAUGCCCGGUGAUGAGGAGCUGGGUUUUGAAGCUGCUGUUGCUGCACUUGGUAUGAAGACAACAGUGAGUGAGGCAGAGCAUCCUCUUCUAUGUGAAGGAACUCGGAGGGUGAAAGGAGACUUGGCACUAGCUCUUAUGAUAACGUACAAAGAUGACCAGAGCAAGCUCAAAAAGAUCCUGGACAAGCUAUUGGACAGAGAAAGUCAGACUCACAAGCCUCAGACCCUGAGCUCGUUCUACUCUAGUAAACCUGCUGCGAGCAGUCAGCGGAGCCCAUCCAAACACGCCACUACAAACCACGGAGUUGGAGGAGCAUCUGGGGGACUCGCCAAACACACAUCUUCCUCUACUACCUCUUUGCCGGCCUCUGCCCCUAGUCAGUCCAGUGCAGUGAGCCUGCCUCCUGAAGAGAUGAACAGUCAGCAAGAAGUCAACCAAGUGCACAACAGCGUCUCUGGAGAGACCACCACAGAGGCCAAAGAGCAUGAUGGGCCUUCUACAUCUAGUGAGCAGCAGAACGAGACUGCGCUAUUCAAGUUGGAAACCACUGUCCCAAGCCGCCUGGCUCUAGGAGCUCGCUACGGCUACAACCAGCGCUGCUGGGGAUCACCUGUCCGGCAGAAGAAAAAGCACACUGGAAUGGCAAGUAUCGACAGCAGUGCUCCAGAAACCACCUCUGACAGCUCACCCACCCUGAGCCGCAGGCCUCUGCGCGGGGGCUGGGCUGCGGCAUCCUGGGGCAGGGGGCAGGACAGCGACAGCAUCAGCAGCUCUUCCUCUGAUUCUUUAGGUUCAUCAUCCUCCAGUGGCUCACGCAGAGCAGGGGGAGGGGCCAGGGCCAAAAAUACUGACACAAGCAGAUACAAAGGGCGGCGCCCAGAAUGCCAUGCUCCACAUGUUCCGAAUCAGCCAUCUGAAGCUGCGGCUCAUUUCUAUUUUGAGUUGGCCAAGACUGUGCUGAUAAAAGCUGGAGGGAAUUCUUCCACAUCUAUAUUCACACAGCCUUCCGCCAGCGGGGGGCAUCAGGGUCCUCAUAGGAACCUCCACCUCUGUGCCUUUGAGAUUGGGUUAUAUGCUCUCGGCCUCCACAAUUUUGUGUCUCCUAACUGGCUCUCCAGGACGUACUCCUCUCAUGUGUCCUGGAUUACUGGCCAGGCCAUGGAGAUCGGCAGUGCAGCUCUCAAUAUCUUGGUGGAGUGUUGGGAUGGCCACCUGACCCCACCAGAAGUAGCGUCUUUAGCUGAUCGAGCGUCCAGGGCAAGAGACCCCAAUAUGGUCAGGGCAGCAGCGGAACUGGCUCUGAGCUGUCUGCCUCAUGCUCAUGCCCUCAAUCCCAAUGAGAUUCAGAGAGCACUAGUGCAGUGCAAAGAGCAGGACAAUGUUAUGCUGGAGAAAGCUUGCAUGGCUGUAGAGGAAGCUGCAAAGGGCGGUGGGGUGUACCCGGAGGUGCUAUUUGAGGUCGCCCAUCAGUGGUACUGGCUGUAUGAGCAGUCUGUCGGAGGAAGUUCUGGACAACAACGUGAGGCAUCCAGCCGCUGCGGAGCUAAUGGCGGCUCUGGUAGACGCCCCCCUGAGGCCAACUGUGUUCUGGACAAUGGUGCUAACAUGGAUUCUCCAGGCGUAGCCACUGUCACUGCAUCUGUCACUGCUACAGCUGUAGUACCUGUCAUCUCUGUGGGCUCUACAAUCUAUCAGUCCCAUGCUAUGCCUGGUCAAGCUAUAGCCCACGCUCAUGGCCAAGGCCUACAUCCUUACACCACCUUGCAGGCGCACCUUCCCACUGUCUGCACCCCUCAGUACUUGGGACACCCUCUACAACAUGUCCCACGGCCGGCUGUGUUCCCUGUGGCUGGAGCAGCUUAUCCACAGGGAAUGCACCCUGCUUUUAUUGGUGCUCAGUACCCUUUCUCUGUUGCAACUGGCCCCCCUCCUCCAAUCGCAGCCACUGCAGUGACUUUCCCUGGUGUCCCUGUCCCUUCUAUGACUCAAAUAGCUGUGCACCCGUAUCACACAGAGACAGGCUUGCCCCUCAGUACCACGGUGGCAGUGGGCAGUGUCCACACCGGCACCACCAUUCAGACCAUGCAGGGAGCCUCUAUGCCCUCACUUUCUUCACAGCAAGGUUCAUUAGUCAAUCCUCCAUUUCCCAUAGAAGAAGAGCAACACAGUCAACCACUCAGCCAACAAGGCCUGCACUACCUCCACUCGGCCUACAGAGUUGGGAUGCUGGCACUGGAGAUGCUUGGGAGACGAGCCCAUAAUGAUCACCCAAACAACUUUUCUCGUAGUCCUCCAUACACUGAGGAUGUCAAAUGGCUGUUGGGACUGGCUGCCCGUUUAGGGGUCAACUAUGUGUACCAGUUCUGUGUUGGGGCAGCCAAAGGUGUCCUCAGUCCAUUUGUUCUGCAAGAAAUUAUUAUGGAGGCUCUGCAGAGGCUAAACCCAGCUCAUAUCCAUGCUCACCUCCGAACUCCUGCCUUUCACCAGCUUGUCCAGCGGUGUCAACAAGCAUACCUGCAGUACAUCCACCAUCGGCUCAUCCACCUCACACCAGCGGACUAUGAUGACUUUGUCAACAUUAUUCGCAGCUCUCGGGGAGCCUUCUGCCUCACGCCAGUGGGAGUGAUGCAGUUCAAUGAUGUUCUGCAGAAUCUAAAGAGGGGCAAACAGACCAAGGAGCUGUGGCAGCGCAUUUCACUGGAGAUGACCACAUUUUCCCCCUGA